AUGGCAACCAGCUCCAUUCCAGUCUCCCUUGAUCGGCUUACAAUCGAACGAGGCGAUCACUCCGAACUCCUCGGCGACACGUUGAAGCAAGUAGCGGGCCACCCACAAUUGGUCUCCCAUCUGGAUUCCCUCGCAUGGUCCGACUUGGAACUCCCACUGUCCUGGCAUCACCUCGGCGUUGGUUCCGGAGAUUUGGAUGCCGGCGUAAAGGCAAGCGCGGUAAUGGGCUUCGACGAUGUCGCGACCGUAUACCUUGUUGGCUCCGACACCGCAGUAGUAUGGCCCUUGUGGUCCUGGGAAUCCGUUCUUUGGCCAUCCGAAUGGAUGUCCGUCAAUGUCGAGAAGAGUGUACUCUUGUUCCAUACCGAACCAUGGGUGCUGGUCGGCAGCCUUCUCCAUGACUUCCUUGCAUCGUUGACGGAAGUUGGUGGCUGA